CGUACAUCAGCAACACUUUUGUUCACCUGCUUAGCUAGAUAGCUGAGAUGGGAAGUUCCAAUCCCCUCUUUUCCAUUUUCCUGACAGUCCUUGCCGUCUUUCUGCUCAACGCUGAUGUUGGAUCGUGCGGCUGCUUCAAGCGCAUGUUCACCUUCGGCGACUCCCUCACUGAUGCCGGCAACUUCGCGUACAGCGGCCGUAAGAAUAAUCCGCCGGGUCCGCCCUCGGUGCCUCCUUAUGGAAAGACCUACUUCCACCAUCCCACGGGGCGCGCCUCCGACGGGCGUCUCAUCGUCGACUUCUACGCGCAAGCGUUGGGCCUGCCGCUGCUGCCACCGAGCUUGCCCGACGAGAAAACGAGCCAGUUUCCGACCGGUGCCAACUUCGCCUUGUUCGGUGCUACGGCGCUAAACCCGAACUUCUUCAAGAGGUAUAACUUCGGUGUGCCGUUUCCUUGGAGUCUCGACGAUCAGCUGGCAUCUUUCAAGAAAGUGCUCGCUAGGAUUGCUCCGGGAGAUGCUGCCACCAAGAGUGUCCUGAGCGAGUCGCUCAUAGUGUUUGGUGAGAUUGGCGGCAACGACUACAACUUCUGGUUCUUCGGAGGAAACGGCGAUGACACAGACACGCCCCAGAAGUACAUGCCCGACGUGAUUGCCCGCAUAGGGGACGGCGUCCAGGAGGUGAUCAAGCUCGGUGCCAAGACGGUCCUUGUUCCGGGGAACUUCCCCAUCGGGUGUGUGCCGGCGUACCUGAGUGGUAACAAGAGCAACAAGUCCGCGGACUACGACCAGUUCCACUGCCUCAAGCGGUUUAACAAAUUCUCCCAGAUGCACAAUCAGUUGCUGAAGCAGGAGGUUGAGAAGCUCAAGUCGCUCAACGCCGACGUGAAGAUCAUCUAUGCCGACUACUAUGGUGCCUUCAUGGAGCUCGUCAAGAAUCCCAGUAGGAAUGGCAUUGACGAUCCUCUAGUGGCGUGUUGUGGUGGUAAUGGCCCCUACGGCACCGGCCAUGGCUGCAACCAGACGGCGAGGGUUUGCUCCGACCCGUCCAGGUUUGCCAGCUGGGACCAGAUCCACAUGACUGAGAAGGCGUACAACAUCAUCGCCAAUGGAGUGCUGAACGGCCCGUACGCCGACAUGCCGUUGCUCCAUGUUUGCUAGGAAAAUUCAGUUCCUUCAUUCUGAGACUUGAAUAAUUACUGCGGCUGCUGAAUAUUUUGUAACAUAUGCACAUCAAAAUGUGGGGAAAAUAAAAAUAAAUAAGGACAUAUACUAUCGGUCAAUCUUGUGUUAGAUG